AUGCUACCAGCAACGACACGAACAAUGCGCCUCAUCAGCGCUCGAUCAAUCCACCUUCGCGCUUUCUCCACAACCCCCUCCCCUCGCUCCUCCUCAUGGACUCCCGGCCCAGCACCACCUCGUCUUCCCAAAGAAGAACAAGAAAUCUUUGAGAAAUUGCAACAACAAUCCACCGGAGCCYUCUCCACCCCUAAAUCCGACACCUCUUCUUCGGAAACAGCCGAAGCGGUCGCUGCUACCAAGAACAUGUCCUCGGAUGAAAUGCUCGAGCAAUUACGAGAGAAAGCCAGGGUGGCGGCACAGGGAGAUGGAGAGGAAUUGCAUCCCAAUGUGAGGAGGGGUGCGAAGCCGGAGUUUCAGGGUGAUACGAAUCCUAAGACGGGAGAGGUUGGUGGACCGAAGAAUGAGCCGUUGAGGUGGGGUGUUGGUGGGGAUUGGAGUUAUAAUGGGAGGGUCACGGACUUUUGA